UUGAUGUCCUUUCUAUGGAGAGGGUGUGCCAGUGGAUCUGACCUGAGAUGGGAGAAUGUUAUAGUAAGAAAUCUGUGGCCUCAGCCUCUGCAACUCCAGAGAGAAGCAGCUCCAGGUCUGCAAAUUCAGAAACAGAUAUACAACAAAGAAACACAAUUUUGAAAAAGCCCCUGGACAUUGGACAAAUGGUGUUUACUUUGGCUCAAUUUGAGGCCUUGGAGAUUUGCCUGAAGGACGCAGAAGAAAAGGCUAGAAUCUUAUCUGAACAGCUUUCAGUCUCUGAAGGGACAAAAUCAAAACUGCUUGAGCAAGUUUCCUGGCUGGAGUUAAAACUACAUGCUAUGGACCAUAAUGAAAAUAGUGAGAAGGAAUAUGAAAAUAUGACUCUUGAAAAAGACCAGUACAUUGAGAAAUUACAGGCUGAAGUAAAAACAUCACAGGAGCAACUUAUAGCCCAUAAACAAAAGCACAAAAGAAAACUACAAAAAUUGCAAACUGAUUUGGUAACAUCUAAGCAAGAGGCUGCUAUCACAAUCCUGGAACUCAGUGAGAAGAUCAAGACUCUGUGUGAAGGAAAGCCAGCCCCUAGAGAAGACAACUCACUGAAAGAGCACUGUGGAGGAUUCUCGCCUGUGGAAAAUAAUCGAAAAAAUAGCCUGAUUAUGGAGUUGUCUACCCAGGUUUCACUUCAGAGUGAGAAGAUCACACAGUUGGAAGAAGUUUUAGAGGAAAAAGAAAAGAAGAUUCAUCAGCUGGAGGCUGAGCGGGUGCCCCAGUCUUUCUAAGAGGUCAACAGUUCAUAGGAAUGUUUAUAAGAAGCCCCAUUUUUUUUUCUAAUAAUAGCAACAUUCCUCUGACCUCGGAUGAAAACAUGUAAAGAUAUCCAGUAAGAAAAAAAUAAAAGAUAUUUUAAAUGUAUUCAAGGUAAA